GGCACCGAGUCAAAGCUUGGGGCGAGUCCCCGGGUUCCCGUACUUUCGAUUCUGCCUGCAGCCGUUUCUGCCCUCCUGUCGCCCGGGGGUGGGACACACUCCAGAAAUCUCACUCUUGGCUGACGGGAGCCCCGGAUCCCAGACCUGAACCAGUGAAUACUGCCCCUGAGUCAUGGGUGAGAUGUUCUCCCAGUUGGGCUCUCGGGAGGAGGAGAACAAGUCGAUCCUGCCCCCCGGCCCGGCCAUGGGUGGCAAGGCUGCCUGCUACUCCAGCACCCGAAGCAGCAAGUCUUUUUGUUCCCGCAUGCCUGGUGAAGGGGCAGCCAGUGCCAGCUAUGUGACUUGUCCCACCUGCCAGGGCAGUGGGGAGAUCCCGCAAGAGCUGGAGAAGCAACUAGUGGCCCUCAUCCCCUACGGGGACCAGAGGCUGAAGCCCAGGCGCACGAAGCUCUUCGUGUUCCUGGCCGUGCUCAUCUGCCUUGUGACCUCCUCCCUCAUCGUCUUUUUCCUGUUUCCCCGGUCCAUCGCCGUGCAGCCCGCGGGCCUCAACUCCUCCACGGUGGCCUUCGAUGAGGCCGACAUCCACCUCAACAUAACGAAUAUCUUAAACAUCUCCAAUAGCAACUACUACCCCAUCACUGUGACCCAGCUGACCAUCGAGGUUCAGCACCUGUCGCUCGUGGUGGGGCAGGUCACCAACAGCCUCCUCCUCCACGUCGGCCCUUUGGCCAGUGAACAGAUGUUUUAUGCAGUGGCCAACAAAAUCUGGGAUGAAAACACAUACAAAGUCUGUUCCUGGAUGAAAAUCAAAGUCCACCAUGUGCUUUUGCACAUCCAGGGCACCCUGACCUGUUCGUACCUGAGCCAUUCAGAGCAGCUAGUCUUCCAGACCUAUGAAUACGUGGACUGCCGGGGAAACACGUCAGUGCCCCACGUGCUGGUCCCUCACCCACCAUGACCCGUCUGCUGUUCCCGAACUCCAGGCCCUUGCCAGCCUGGGCCGUAUCUCCCAGCGCCCAAGGAAGGACUACAGUGACUUUGCCAAAGGAAAAGCUCUGCUUUAUUCUACCUCCCCCUCCACACACACCCUCAGCACAGGAAACCCUACGUGGAAGUGAACUUCACAUGCACACACGCAUGCCACUCAGCGUCCUCUGACUUCCACGGGAAAAGAAGUCUGGUUCUUCUAGGGGCCAGCUCCAGCCUUUCCCCUUUGUCUGUCUUGAGGAGAGUCUGACCUGAUGUGUGCUCAGAGCUGCCUUAGUGUCCCUGGACUGGCCUCUGCCCUUUCUGUGCUGAGCACCUUGGUUGCCUCGCUCCUCUGGGGCUGGCCUUCCUCCGGCCUGAAGGGAGAAAUGGUUCAUUUAAUGUGGCUUUUAAAACAUGGAUCUUUUUCAAGUUCUCCACCCAGUGAUAGGAAAAGGACUUGAGGGACAUGCGUGCUGUCUCCUGCCUUCCUGCUUUGGUCAUGUGACACGGCGGUGCUGGUCUGCUGCUCUCCUGGUAACUUGUCCCCUGACAGGAUUGGCUAAGGCCCUUGGGGUCAGCAGCCUCCCUGGUUAAAGACUGUCCCGGUUCCUAGGAAGGCAGAGCUGUUCUCUGGCUAAGGCAUCUCCAUAAAAACCAUUUUAUCGCAGCAGGAGCAGACAUGGUAGGGGAGUAGGGGAGGAGAGGGGGGCACGCCGGCACCCCCUGCGCCUCUCCAGGAAAAACAGAUGAAACCAGAGUCCUUUGGGAAGGUAUUUAUUGAAGCAAGGCUUCUGGCUGGUGGCAGGCCCGCGACCCUGAGCGCGCGUGACCGACGCAGGUGGGUCGGAGGGUGGUGCGAGCUGUCUGCAGAGCUGACGGGGUCAGGAUCCCGCCGAGCUGCCAGCAUCCCCGGCUUCGCUCCAGGGCCCAUCCUCUGCUCCCAGAGGCCUCUGCUUUCCUUCAGGCACGGACAGGCUGGAGCUGCGCAUCAGGGACUGGUCUCGACCUCUCCUCGUUGCGGUCACUCAGAUGAAGCAGCAAAGUCCCAGAUACGGCAGGUUCCUCCUGGGCUCCAGAUGGUGGUGGUUUGUGGUGUCACUGAGCCAGAAUGGUAAUGGCCACUGAAGGGAGCGGUGGUUUUUGUCAAGCCGGGAGAUGAACUGAGGUGGUGGGGAAAGCUGAAUGUGAAGUUGGACGGUUGGAGGGGGCAGUGGUAACAGCACCUGGCUAGCCGGCUGGGGGGACAAUGGGAAGGAAGGAGGUUGUCCUGUCUCUGCACUUUUGUGCCUGAGUGACUGGAGUCAAGAUGCUGGCAAGAGCACGGAAGUCCAGAAAGGCCAGGCAGGAGUUGCUGUGUCAGUUGCCAAAUGUAAAGGAUUUAUAUUGUAUUCAAUAAACUGUACUCAGUGUUAAAGAA